AUGUCUUCCCCUCCAGCUCCCUCAAGCUUCCCCGCCGACCUUGUGCCCCAGGCUCCCGAAGAUCCUCUCUUCGGCCUCGCCAGGGAGUACAGGGCCGACGAGAGCCCCUACAAAGUCGACUUGGGUAUCGGUGCCUACAGAGACGAGAACGCAAAGCCCUGGGUGCUACCCGUAGUACACAAGGCUGAUGAGAUCCUCCGAAAUAACCCUGACCUCAACCACGAGUACGCCCCUAUCGCUGGUAUUGCCAGCUUCACUUCCAAGGCUGCCGACCUCAUUCUCGGUGCCGAUUCCCCCGCCCUGAAAGAGAGCCGCGCGACUUCUCUACAAACAAUCUCGGGUACUGGCGCCGUCCACCUGGGCGCCUUGUUCCUGGCCAAGUUCUACCAGGGCGGCCGUACCGUCUACGUGUCAAACCCUACCUGGGCAAACCAUCACCAGAUCUUCAAGAAUGUCGGCCUCACCGUCGACACAUACCCCUACUUCCACAAGGAGACCAAGGGCCUCGAUUUUGAGGGCAUGAAGGAGGCGUUCCAGAACGCCCCCAACCACUCCAUCUUCGUCCUCCACGCUUGUGCCCACAACCCCACCGGUGUCGACCCAACGCAAGAGCAGUGGAAGGAGAUCGCUGCCAUCAUGAGGGAGAAGAACCACUUCCCCUUCUUCGACUGCGCCUACCAGGGCUUCGCCUCCGGCGACCUCACGCGCGAUGCGUGGGCCGUCCACUACUUCAUCGAGCAGGGCUUCGAGCUCGUCGUUGCCCAGAGCUUCGCCAAGAACUUUGGUCUCUACGGUGAGCGCGCUGGCUGCUUCCAUGCUGUCACCUCUCCCGCUGAGGAUGCUCCCCAAACAAUUGCCCGAAUUGGCUCCCAAUUGGCCAUCCUCCAGCGAUCAGAAAUCUCAAACCCUCCGCUGUAUGGUGCGCGAAUUGUCAGCACCGUCCUCAACGACCCUGAGCUGUUCACCGAGUGGGAGGAGAACCUGCGCACCAUGUCGGGUCGCAUCAUCGCCAUGCGCUCCGUACUUCGGGCCAAGCUGGAGGAGCUCGAGACUCCCGGCACCUGGAACCACAUCACUGACCAGAUCGGCAUGUUCAGCUUCACCGGUCUGAGCGAAGCCCAAGUGAUGAAGAUUCGCGCGGAGGCUCACGUCUACAUGACCAAGAACGGGCGCAUCAGCAUGGCUGGUCUCAAUGAAGGCAAUGUCGAGUACUUUGCCAAGGCGGUUGACAAGGUUGUUCGGGAAGUGACAGAAUAA